AUGUCUAAUAUUUAUUGUAAAUUUUUAUUAGCAAUAAAGAACCCUGAAGAUCCAGUUUGUUACCUACCUCUUCUACCUAGCAAAGUAGAUCUCCAGCAGAUCACUAUAUUUCCACAUAAUGAGUGGAAGAGGAUUCAAGACAGCCUUGAUAGUUUGACAAGAGAAGCAGCACGCCUUCGUGCAGAAAGAAAGGCAAAGAAACAAAUGCAUAUUCGAUCCCAAGAAGUGGUAAAACAUUGGACUAAUACAGCUGCAGGGAUUAAAGAACAGAGUCUAAAAGCCAAAAAGAAGUGUGAAGAAGAAUUAGAGGCAGAACGAAAAAUUCUUGAUAUGGAAGAAGAAAUGCACAAACAAGAAGAAAGGAAGAAAGCUAUUGAAUUUGCUAAACAAUACCAAUUUUACCAAACAGAGAGAGUGAAAAAACUUCAUUCAGGACUACUUCUUAGCAGAGUCUUGAAAGAACGAGAUGCACAGAUUGAAUUCAAAAAGAAUAACAUAAAAUCGGACAAAAAAUGGGAGGAACAAUUGAAACACAACAUUGAAAAAGCUUUUCAAGAAGAAAACGAAAAAGCAAUAAAACGACAAAAAGAUAGAAUGGCUCUUGCCCUUUUUCAUUUAAAACAAAUAAAAGAACAUGAAGAGGAGAAAAAAGUAAGAAGAAAAUAUGAAGAGAAGGAUGCUGAGGAAAUAAAGCGACAGCAAUUAUUAUAUGAAAUAGAAAUUGAGAAAAAGAAAGAAAAGAAAAAAGAAGAGAUAUCUGAAAACAGGAGAUGCCUUUCUGAACAUAUAAAUGAUAAAAAUAUCAUUAAAGCAGUAGAACAGCAGCAUCAAGAAGAAGAAGAAGAAAAGACUAGAAGAUUUAUCAAAGCAAAAAAACAUCUUGCAAAAGUUGGGAUAGAAAAAGAAAUGGAAAGACAAAAGCAAGAGGAAGAACGGAGAGAAAGAAUAAAAAACUUACUGACUGCACUAAUGAGUGCAAAAGUUGACAAUGAAGAUUUGAUUAUUGCUAGAGAUACUGCAGAAGCUGAGGCUGAAUGGCAAAAAAGAGAACAAGAAAAAAUGGAAAAAAGAGAAGCAGAAUUCAAAGCAAUUGCAGAACAUAGGGAAAUUAUGAUGAAAAAUAAAGAGGAGCAAGAAAAAGUACGUAAAAUAGAGGGCAAAGAACGAUUGUUAGCCAUGAAGAAAGCAGAUCAGAUUUUCUAUGAGCAUGAAAAAGAGAAAAAACUCAAAGCUGCUAAGGAACGUAGAGAUCUUCAAGAGGCCCAUGUUCAGCACAUUGCUAAAAAUAAUUUGAAAUCACAAAAAGCAAAACAAGCAGAACUAGAGUACUGGCAAGAUACUAAUGCUCUUCUGAAUAAAAAGAAUAAAGAAUUUCAGGAUUAUGCCAGAGAAGUAAUUAAUUUUGAGGCUGAAUCAACAAACAAAUAUAUUUACCCUCUUGCAAAAGCUGCACAAGAAGGAUUUGGUGGUGGACAUGGACCGAUUUUUGUGGACAGGGGUGGAUUAAGACCCAGCUAUCAGGCAAAUGAUGCUACUGGAGUCCAGCUCCCUUCUUUUAACUCUCAGGGAUCAAAAUACAAUAAUUUAAAAAAAUCCAAAGGAAGGCUAGGUUUUAUAUGGUAG